AUGGCCAGGUCGUACGGCGGCCGGGUGCUGGCCGCGAUGAUCCUUUUGGGCAUCCCCGCGGCCGUGCUGGCGGCGCUGGGCGCGCAGCUGCUGUUCCAGCUGCAGGCGGGCCGCGCGGAACUUCGAGGACCGCGAAUCGACGUGGUGGGCCCGGAGCUGGGCGCCGGCCCUGGGCUGCCGGAGGACGCGGCCGGGGCGCUGCUGCCGCUGGCAGCCGCGCUCGCCGCGCUCGCCCUGGUGCUGGGUCUCACCUGUCUGCUUCUCGCCGCGCUCUGCGGCCACCUGGGCGCCGAGAUGGCGCGGGGACCGGGCUCCGGCAGGUCUGACUGGUUUCUCUAUGACUGCCGCCUCCUCAGACAUGUGGCCCUCGGCCUCUUCUGUUGUGGGGUCUCCGUCUACUUAGCAGCACUAUCCAUCUACGCCCUGCUUCUCUUCGAGAUCGAGACGGGUGCGGCAGCUGCCUCCAUCCUUGGCUUGGGUGCUCUGGUCCUGGUGGCGGCGCUGACCCACACUCUACUCCGGGCCGCCCGGGCCACCCGCCGUGGCCUCCAUGAGCUGUCCCCACCGCACUUUGAAGACGACCCUGUCUGCCCUUCUGAAGUCUCCAAGGCCAGCUCCAGGGCUCAGCCCCAGCAGGGUACCCAUCACUGGACCCCCUACUCAUCCUACCCAAAACCUGGGGACUCCCUCAGAUCCAUGGUUACUGCCACAACACCUGCAGCCAUAGGGGGAGGCCGGGAGGGCAGCCUGCCUGCAUUCCGCAUGCACCGGACACUGUCUGCCAGUGAGGGGCACUGGGAAGAGGUCACUCAUGAGAUGCGUAGCAUCCUGAGCCACAGGCCAGGGGGUUCAGGGAAGGACUCCACUCUGGUGUGA